AUGUCUGCAGCUUCGGCAACCAAUGCAAGCAAUCCCUCCAAUCUCACCGGAGUCGAAGACUUCCGGGUCGUCGCCAACGGAAUAAAUGCACUGGGCAAUCACUGGUGCCGCCACGAGACCACCCAGGGUCCCAGUUUCCAUUACUCGAACGCCGAUGGCAGCGUGUAUCGGAGCAAUCCCGAUGGCUCAACUCACUUCGAUAAUGGACGGGGAUUUUCCCGGGAUGUCUCUGCCGACGGCGUCGUGACCAUAACAUUGACGUAG